GUUCACGCUAUUGUAGCACGUACUUAUAGUUAUAAAUGUCAUUCAUUAUCAAUGGUUGAUGUUUAAAAAUUUGGAUAUUCAACAGGUCUACACGUUUAAAAAUAUACAGAAAAUCAAUAUACAUUAUAAUUAUAAUAAUACACCUAAAGUUAUAUAUUUUGUAAGUAAAUGGACAACCCGAAGUAUGAACACGACAAUGGCUCACAACAAAAUUCAACCGUCAACAAUUGCAAUACACAGUUAAAUUAUGAUACAGCAAACAACGAUGUUAUCUUGGCGGUGGAUGAUGUGGAAUCAUCAAGACUUGCUUCUAACCAUAAGAAGACAUUUACUCAACAUACUAAAGACGUCUGUCUAAAAAAUCUAACCAAUUUUAUCAAAAGAAAACUAUUUAUAUUACAAUGGAUCCCCGUUUACUCGAGCGAAGAUUUUCUUGGCGAUCUCUUAGCCGGCAUUACGAUCGGUUUAACUGUAAUACCUCAAUCAAUGGCGUUGGCCAGCAUAGUCGGAAUACCAGCCCAGUAUGGUCUUUAUAGUUCUUUUGUGGGAACUUUCAUUUACCUACUGUUUGGCACAAGUAAAGUAGUCCCGAUGGGGCCCACCGCCAUUGUGGCGCUGUUGAUUAACAACACAAUCGGGACCAGGGGACCGGCAUAUGCAACGCUGUUGUGCUUCCUGACGGGUGUCAUCCAGAUAUCGAUGAGCUUUGCGGGCUUGGGGAUCAUCGUCAAUUUUAUAUCCGUACCGGUGUGCUCCGGGUUCACGUCAGCUUCAGCCAUUCUUGUCAUUACUUCCCAAGUAAAAGACCUGAUCGGCGUCAAGGGUGGCGGCGGAAACUUAUUGAAAAUGUGCCGAACCGUAUUGGAACAUAUCGGUAAUAUCAGCAUAGGAGACACAAUUAUGGGAUUUGCGUGCAUAGGGACGGUGAUGCUCUUAAAGGCAUUCAGUACUACGCGGAUAGGUCCAAAAGAAGAAGAAUUACAAAAUGUAUGGCAAAAAUAUGUAAACAAGCUCAUCUGGGCGAUCGGUGCCUUUAGAAAUUCAUUUGUAGUAAUCGUAUGUAGUAUUAUCUGUUAUUGGUGUGUACAUAUAACAAACCACGAUAUCACGUCUGAUUGGGCACCACCAAUCCCGUUUAAAAUCAUCGGCAAAAUACCACAUGGAUUGCCACACUUCCAGUGGCCAGAGUUUAGCAACACUAACGAAAGUUUCUUCGACAUGAUUUUUUUUAUGGGUUCAGGCAUUAUUGUGAUACCACUCAUAUCAUUACUCGAAAACAUAUCCCUUUGCAGAACUUUUGCGGAGGGAAAGCCAAUAGACACGGACCAAGAGCUAUUGGCAAUCGGUAUGGCGAACCUCGGUAAUUCGUUCUUUCACGGAUUUACUGGGGCUGGGGCCAUCGCUAGAGGAGCACUCAACUAUUCAAGCGGCGUGCGCACGCCCCUCGGAGGCCUGUACACAGGACUUACUGUUAUGGCGGCAUUGGUGUUUUUGACACCAUAUUUCUAUUAUAUCCCGAAGACCGCGCUAGCUGCCGUUAUAAUCGCCGCCUCAUUUAUGAUGGUCGAUGUCAAGAUGGUCAAGCAAGUUUACAAGUCAAAAAAAAAAGAUUUGGUGCUCAUGUUGAUCACGUUUUUCGCAUGCUUAUUUCUUCCAUUGGAAUACGGAGUGCUCAUCGGCAUCGUUGCCAACGUCGGAUUCAUAAUGUGCAGUGCGGCCAAGCCAAAAAUAUCUAUCCAAGUUCAAAAGAACCACGACGGGAUCAAAUACCUGUUGUUGACACCCGACAGAUAUUUGGUAUUCCCUUCGAUGGAAUACGUACGGCAAACGAUAACCAAACACGGCCUUGCUCUUGGGAUCCCAGUGGUCAUCGAUGGUUCCAGUGUAUUCGAGGCAGAUUUCACAACGGCAAACGUAUUUUCUAUGAUGUCACAGGACUUUUCAAAAAAAGGUCAAUUCUUAUAUUUGUAUGAUCUAAAGCCCAGUGUAGCUAAUGUCUUUAAAGGAAUAAAAAACUGUAAUAUUUUUAUAUGUGCAAAUAAAGACGAGUUGGAUGUACUGCUAAGAAAUCAUUUUGGACCGUCACAAAUUCAAGAACAAUAUCAAAACGAAACAAUUUGGACUUCAAAAAUGUAAACUCAGAUUGAAUGAUCUCUAAAUCUCUAAAUAAAAUACAAAAUAUUUAAAUCGAUUAAAUUAGAAGGAUGUGUUUGACAAUUUAAGACUUAGAUGUUAUGAUAACAAAAUGAGUUGGAUGUAAUUAUUUGAUUGAGAUAUAUCAUGUACAAAUAUGAUACAACAUAUUCUAGAACCUAAAAUUAAACUUAUAAGCCGACGUUUUAUUAAAUUAUAUAAAGAAUUAUUUUUAGUUAUGUACAAAUUGUUAUCAAGUGGUGUUUUUUGUUAUUUUGUAUUAUAUAUUAAUAAAAUAAAUAUAUCAAUA